AUGUUUACAUGGAGAAAUGCAAAUUAACACUGCUUUUAUCUGAUGCAUUAAAAUGUAUAACAGUUGAUUAGUUUAUCAUCAUUAGAUUAAUAAGGAUUCAGAACAUGUACUCAAUUUUGCUGUGCAAAAGAGUGACUUUCUCACUGCUAUGUGGUCAAGGCCAUUUGUCUAAUUUUGCACUUCCUGUUUUAACUGUGAGGGUGUGAAUGUGAUCUAUAGAGUGUGUUCAUUAUGAUGAGACACGGUGCAGCAGUUGGUCAGUGUGUGUUUAGCUCUAAUUCUCUCUUUGGAUUAAUGUGUUGGUUUGGAUCCUCAGUAAGAAUGCAGGUGUGUUUUCUUCUCCUCCUUAUACAGCUUCAUAUCACUGAAGGCUGCUGGCUGAAAGGAAAUGGAGAGACAGAAGAGAUCACUGCAUACACAGGAGGCUCAGUACUGCUGCCCUGCUCCUGCACUGACCUCCACAGAAAACCUGAGACAUUCAUAUGGAUGAAAACCAAAAAUGAAUAUAACUGGGUACAGAUAUCUCCUGAGAGUGAUCAGUACAAAGAGAGAUAUCAGCUGGUUAAUGAUCACUCUUCAGGAAAUCUCUCUCUGCUCAUAUCACACCUGACUGAAGAGGAUGGAGGAGUUUACAGGUGUAGUGUUAAAGGGGGUGAAUACAGAGACAUCAGACUCACUGUUAAAGGCUGCAGACUGAAAGGAAAUGGAGAGACAGAAGAGAUCACUGCAUACACAGGAGGCUCAGUACUGCUGCCCUGCUCCUGCACUGACCUCCACAUCAAACCUGAGACAUUCACAUGGGAGAAAAACACAAAUGGAAAUAACUGGGUACAGAUAUCUCCUGAGAGUGAUCAGUACAAAGAGAGAUAUCAGCUGGUUAAUGAUCACUCUUCAGGAAAUCUCUCUCUGCUCAUAUCACACCUGACUGAAGAGGAUGGAGGAGAUUACAGGUGUAGUGUUAAAGGGGGUGAAUACAGAUACAUCAGACUCACUGUUAAAGGUGCACCAACAAGACCUUCAUCAUCCACACCAGUGAUCACAACAACUUCACCUCCUUCCAGUCCAGACACCACCAUCAACAUCUGUACUGCUGUUGGGGUUCUGCUGCUGCUGCUGAUACUCGGAGGAGUCAUCUACUGGAAACACAGAGACUUCAAAGUUGGAGCAAUAGCCACUGUCCGACUCACAGAGCUCCCAUACCUUGAUGCCCAGUUUGGUUUUGCAGGCGGAAAUGCACUCUUCCCUUGA